CUCGUUUUCUUAUACUGCUUUGGGUAUCACAGCAGCGAAUUGAAGUCAGACUGCUCCUGGGUCUGGUCAAACAAUUUGUAUCCUGACAGCAACGUAGGUUGGGAAUAUUUAUCUUUUGUUCGCACAGAGCUGUUAGGAAUGCUAUUUUUAAAGAGGAAAAGCAUUUUCAGGAUCUCCCCCCACUCGCAGUGGGGAGCCGCCCUCUGCCGCCCUUCUUUGCCACAGGGAGGGGGGUGGGGUUGGUGGGCGAGUCCCGCCCUCUCCAGCGAUUGGUUGGAGGACCAAGCGCUGCCGCACCAGUCCUCCUGGUGCUCCAGUUGGCGAUUGGUCGCGCACCCGUCACUCCACGGCCCGCCGCCCGUCACGUGGUCCGCAGCAGGGGGUGGGGGGGGGCCGCUCUCUCCGUGCUCGAAGGAGCCGCUCAGUCCGCCGCCAUUCAGGAGGCGCUCCUGCGCCCGCUCGGGAGACCACCCCCCCUCCCCCAGGCGGGAUUCAUCAAACCGUGACUGGGCUCUAGAACUCCGUAACGUUCCUUCAGGUGCUUCCAGGAUGGAUCCGCCAGAGGCUCCCACCACAGAGGGGAAGGAGCGGGAGGAGGAGAACCCCACCAUGGCGGAGGGGUUGACUGGGGACAGGCCUGACACGGCAGAUGGGGUGGGUGGGGACGGGCCUCACAUGGCAGAAGGGGACAGGCCUGACACGACGGAGGGUGUGGAUGGGGAUGGGCCUGACGCGGCCGAUGGGGUAGAUGGGGUCAGGUCUGACAGGAUGGAGGGGGAGGGUAGAGAUGGGCCUGACGCGGCCGAUGGGGUAAAUGGGGACAGGCCUCACACGAUGAAGGGGGUGAGUGGAGAUGGGCCUGACACGGCCGAUGAGGUAGAUGGGGUCAGGUCUGACAGGAUGGAGGGGGAGGGUAGAGAUGGGCCUGACACGGCCGAUGAGGUAGAUGGGGUCAGGUCUGACAGGACGGAGGGUGUGGGUGGGGAUGGGCCUGACACGGCCGAUGGGGAGGAAGAGGAGGAGGGGGCAGUGCAGAUGGUGGUGGUGGGAGGGUCGCCCAGCUGUGGUGGAGUUCCUGGUCCCAGGGGUGGGUCGGACAAGCCCUUCUCCUGCCCGGGCUGUGGCUUGGGAUUCCGGCGCUCCUCCAACCUGUCGCGGCACCGCUGCCGGCCGGCCGGUGAGCGUCCCUACAAGUGCGGGGACUGUGGCCGGGGCUUCAACUACCCCUCAGAGUUGGCCAUCCAUCGUCGCAGUCACACCCGCGAGCGCCCCUUUGUCUGCCCUGUCUGCGGCAAGGGCUUCAUCUACUCAUCCAACCUGCUGACCCACCAGAGAGGCCACACCGGCGAGCGGCCCUUCGCCUGCCCCCUCUGUGGCAAGGCCUUCGCGCGCUCCUCCAGCCUGGCCGCCCAUCAGCGGGUCCACUCCGACGAGCGGCCCUUCCCCUGCCCUGAAUGCGGCCGCCCUUUCAAGAGUGCCAAGGAGCUGAAGAUCCACCGGCGCCUGCACGCCGGCGAGCGGCCCUUCCCCUGCACCGAGUGCGGCAAGGGUUUCACCCAGCUUUCCGUCCUGCUUGACCACCGGCGCACCCACACCGGCGAGCGGCCCUUCGCCUGCACCCUCUGCGGCAAGGCCUUCGCCCGCUCCUCCAGCCUGGCCGCCCACGGGGGCGUCCACUCCGACGAGCGCCCCUUCCCCUGCGGGCUCUGUGGCAAGCGCUUUAAGAGCUCCCGGGAGCUCAAGACCCACGGGCAGGUCCACUCGGAGGAACGCCCUUUCCCCUGUGAGAUCUGCGGGGAGCAUUUCCGGCAGGCCCGUAACCUCCUAGCCCACCGGCGCAUUCACACUGGCGAGCGCCCCUUCGCCUGCCCCCUCUGUGGCAAGGCCUUCGCCCGCUCCUCCAGCCUGCUGGCCCACCAGCGCGUCCACUCCGAGGAGCGCCCCUUCCCCUGCCCUGCCUGCCCCAAGCGCUUCAAGAGUGCCCGGGAGCUGGCCACCCACCGUCGGGUCCACACGGGGGAGCGCCCCUACGCCUGCCCCCUGUGCCCCCGCCGCUUCGCUCAGCCCUCCAUCCUACAGACCCACCGUCGCACCCACACAGGGGAGCGCCCUUACGCCUGCACCAUCUGCCCCCGCCGCUUUAUCUGCUCCUCCAGUCUCCUUAACCACCGCCGCACUCACACCCUGGAGCGCCCCUUCACCUGCUCCGUCUGUGGCAAGGCCUUCCGUCAGGCAGCCAACCUGCAGAGCCACCGCCGGCUCCACCUGUGACAGGCUGAGGCAAGCGGUGGGGAGGGAGGUGACCAUUCGAACCAUCCCACAUAGCCCUGUGGCUUUCGGAGACUGUUCCUUGUGAUCCUGGGCUUUGGGAGGGGAGAGUUGAGGGUCUGUGGGGCCAGGGUUAGAGAACGAUUGUUCCCCCCCCCCCCCCCCCCCCCGUGUAUCCCUGCAACUAUCCCUCUUCAGGACAGGAGGGAGUUUCAGUUUCCCCUUCUCCCAUAUCCCUGCAGCUCUGGGGGUCCCUUCUGUAAUGCUCUGGGCUUGAGGGGUUGGGGGGGAUUCAGACGAAGAUUUGCCCCACCCCGCACAUCCCGGUGGUCCUUGGGGACCUUCUCUGAAUCUGGUGGGGCUGUGGGCUUCAGGAGCGGAGUGUGGUUGGGUUUAGACAUUUGAUACCCCUCUGCAGCUCUCGAGCACCCUCUGAUAUUCAGGAAGGGUGAGGAGAUGGGUUGGGGGUAUGUAGACAGCAAUUCAUCCCAUCCCUGCAGCGCCCGGGGACUUCUCUGAUCUUCAGGAGGGCAGAGUGUAGGGGUGUGGAUAAAAGUUGCUUCCUGUCCUGUGGGUCCCUGCAGGGUCUCUCCUGGGCUAGGAUGGCAGAGUGUUCAGCAAUACGGAAUAAGGGAGAGUUUUGGGGGUGUUGGAACAAGAAUGCACAAGAGUGCAUUCCUUGCCCGCUGUGACUCUCGGGGACCCUGAACUGACUCCCUGCGAUUCUGGAAGGGAGGAGCUGGAAGGGCCACAGCUGGCAAUUCCAUCUAUCCCCUCACAUCUCCGCAAAACCCAGGACCCCGCCUGUAAGCCUGGUGGGGCUCUGAGGGUAAGUGAUGGACAGGGCUGGGGGCCCAUCGUAUAUCCCUGCCACACUUGAAUCCUGUCUCUACUUGUUAAAGGAACUUGGUCUUCCAGAUGUUUCUCAUGUGGGUUAGUGGAGGGGCUGAGAGUACAGAGGAAUCAGUCAGAACCAUUCGGCCCGUCCAGCCUCCACUCCUCCCAUCAAGCAUCUGCUGGUGAGCACCUCGCGUUCGAGGUGAGGGGGAGAGUGAAUCCGUCAGUGUGAGAGGGUGGGGUAGAUCUGGGAAAGGGGCAGGAGGUCGGCUAGCAGGGGUGGGUGUCCACUGAAUCGGGGGGACGCGAGGGAGAGGUUGGGUGGGUUACCCUGCUCAUCACCCAGGCUGAAAGGGGUUAUACCUGCCUGGACCUAUUAGACAUAGGAGCAGAACUGGGUGUUUUGGCCCAUUGAGUGUUCUCUGCCCUUCCCAGCCGGGAUCUCGAUAAGGUGCAAGAUGUCAUCCGUGUUGAGUGGACCACCAUCAUCAUCGUAUGACAUUGGUGAUCAUGAUCCUUGACCGUGAAUGUUCUUGGCAAAGUUUUCUACGGAAGUGGUUCGUUAUUGUUGCAGUGUCUGGGCAGUGUCUUUACAAGACAGGUGACCCCGGGCAUUAUCAAUCCUCUUCAGAGAUUGUCUGCCUGACGUCAGUGGUCUCAUAAUCAGGACUUGUGAUCUGCACCGGCUGCUCGUACGACCAUCCACCACCUGACCCCGAUAGGGGGGCUAAGCAGGUGCUAUAACCUGCCUAAGGGUGACCUGCAGGCUAGCGGAGGGAAGGAACAUCUUACCUAUCCUGUAGUGGAGAUACCCCUCCACCCUGCCACCCGCGUGGAGCGAACCAGGGGGCUGAAUCAGUGCUGCAUCUGGAAUUGGGGAAGACGCGGAACUGAUACCUGGAGAAUUCUCAGAGCUGGAGCACAUCCAGAAGCUGAAAUGGAGUCAACUGUUUCAAGAAGAUGGAAAGUGAGAGAGAGGGCAGGGGUCGUCGAUGACCACCUCUGGUGAGCACAGCCUGACCUGACAGUGGUGUGGGGGGGGGGGUUUCAGAAGUCAGAUAUUGACCAUGACGCCCCAGUCAUCAGCAAUGUCUCUCAGUUCCCAAGUCGGUUCACAUCUCUGGCAUGAAGAUUAAACUAUUGGGUGGGUGACCUCUGAACUCUGUGCCCCCCACACUGGGGUCAUGCGGCUGAACACAGCAGGGGCCUGCUGGUGCUCAGCCCUUCAGACUAUUAUAUGGGUGGGGGACAUGAGAUGCACAACACAACGCCAAUCCCGGUGGUGGUUCACUGAUCAGGAUGGAGUCCUGACGUGCAGAGGCAUAAACUUUUCCUCAUUGUCGCUGGGUCAAAAUUCUGGGUUUGCCAAGCCCCACAGAACACGGGACAAAUCCUUCGGUGGGACAGCCAGCUUUACUGCGGGGCAGUUACAGGCAGCCCGGGACUACUCCAGCUUUGAAUCAACGGUUUAUAAGGAUUUAAAAGAUUUGUGAAGAAAAGUGUUGGAUUUCACGGGGAUAUGUGUUACGAGGGAAGGGGAGAGGUUUAAAGGGCACCAAUGGAGAACACGGUGGUGACUGAGGACCACUGGGCCAUUUUAGCCUAACCUCCCCCAACCCACGAUAUUCUGACCUUGUGUAGCAUUAAGAUACACUGAUUCAUUGUGAGAAUUUGUUAACCUCGACUCGCUAUUAAAUCGAUCAUGUGUACUCUCA